CGCCAAUAUGGCACUGAAACGUAUGACAACCGCUGUGCAACUAAACAACUAGGAAAUAACUCCGGGAUCUAUUUUAUCAGUCUACUUGCCAUAUACAAUGUCCACGCCGGGCCGCGGUCGUGGCUACACUGGGCGGCAUCAUCUCAGAGACCCGAGGCCGGGAGAGGACCCAGCUGAGUUAGAAGCUGCUAGGACACUUGCAGAGCUGUCCCCAAGGGCUACAGAAACGCGAGAAGUUAAGGUUGACAAAUUGAAAGAAGCCGACAUGGAGAAAGAAGAUAUAAGCAAGGACAUGUUCCAAGUCGCACCGGACGAUGACGCAGCGUUAAAGGAAUUGUUGGCUAUAGACGAACAAUACAAACCUUUAUUGGUGCUGCUAGAACAAUUUUCACUGGGCGAAGAUGGCAUACAAUUUAACCGUAAACUGAGACAGUUUGAAACCACAAUAACGACUAUGUGCCCAGAUGAAGGGAGAUUGCAACAAGCGUUCGCUACCCUACGAGCGGCUGCAUUAAUGAACUACACCACCGCUCGGAAGUUAGCCGCGGUCGGGGCUUCUUUCACCAGACAACAGCGACAACAAUUGUUAAGGGGGGCACUGUUGAACGUUGUGAUGCAAGGCACAUUUUCAAAAUUGGACAUUUUGGAGAGAGCCAACCCCCAGUUCCUUAUAAACGCGGCUAACUUGAUGGGGGACUAUUUCGCAGAAGCUCGUCUCUGCAACGGCAACAAAGUGCAUAUAUUGGCAGCUCCUCUAUUACAAUAUAUGAGAGCAUUAUUAGCCUCAGACGACAUAAGGGCACAUAGAAGUUUAGCUACGCAGUUAAUGCAAAACGGCAGAGAAUUACUCUCACAGCACACUGCUCAAGAAUUAGACGAUUUAUCCAUCUCGAUCCGUCUACGAUUGCUGUCACAACCACCGGUCAGUAUAAUAUGGCUGUUACUGUCCUCCGAUUUGUGUUUAAAUAAAUUCCUACCAUUACCAAAUACUUUGCAACAGUUCUACGCUUCCCAUCUCGAGUUGACCACUGAUGAGAACUAUAGCGAAGUGAGCUACGGGUCAUGGAAAAAAUCUCCGGAGAAAGAAGAGUAUCGGUCCGAUGUUAGUACGGACAGUGUUACAGAGAAAGUUAAUCAGAAUUUGUCUCAAAUAAGUUUGAACGAUGAAGUGGAUCCAAAGCCAAAACUGAGACCUAUAUUAGGAGCCGGAGCCGGAUUAUUAAGGCAAGAACAAGCGUUAAAUACUCCAGAUAGUUUUGAAACUUGGUCGAAUACAGCGAAGACUAGUUUAAGUAAACGCUACGAUUUGAAUUCUUGGAGGCAAGGUGAUGAAGAAAAGGAGGAAGAACCACCAGUUUUUAAUCCCUCAGUGUUACCACCGAGCGUUCCAAAUUACCCCGUAACCGUGCCAGAUUACCCACCUCCAAAUCCAAGGUUUAAUUACCCAGAAAAUGUGAUGAAUUACUUGCAACAAGGGGAUGGAGCUUACAUUCAGAAUAUGCAAAACCAGUUUCCGGCAAAUUCAAAUUUUAAUCAGCAAGGAGAUACUUUUCAGUUUUCGCAACCGGAAAGGGAAAGACAAACUGAGAGAAUAAAUAAUGAAACUCAAAAAACUUCUGCUCCCAGAAAACCAGUAGAGAAUUGGCGUAGAGAAAAGAGUGACGUCAAAGAGGACCCAAACAGGAAUAAACAACGCAACUGGACUCGACAACGGUCCAAAGACAAUCUAGAGGACGAGGAAGACAAAAAAGAUGGGGAACGGUAUCGGUCAAACUCGAGGAAUUCUAGGGAAUCUCGACCGGCCAAUACCAGAUUGAAUCGGAGAAAUAGCGGUGACAGUGAAGUAUCUGUGAAUACUAAUUCGAAGACUCCGACAAGAAGGCAUGUGUCCGAUGUACCAAGAAACCAUAAAUACUGGGAUCAUGAUGACAGAUGUGACAAAGACUACAAUAGUUAGUGUAUUCCAACUUUAAAUGGACAAUUUCAACUGUGAUCGUUCUUUCUACAGACAAAUUGUUACGGUGUAGUCAAAACACUGUGGAACAUUUGUCUCUGUAUGGUGCAAAUUUUGUGUUUCAAAAUACUGUUUAAUCGUAAAACUCACGGUUAUUGAUGAAAAUUGAAAGUGUCAAGGGCAUUAGUGAAUCUGGUAAUGAAGUCGAUGUCGACUUUAUAAUUUUAGUGGAAAUGUUAAUGAUCAAUAUCGGUACGGUAGAAAUGCCUUUUCUGAUUUAAGUAAGUCGUGCAACUAUUUUAGUAAGAUUUUGUAUAUGGAAAAAGGGGGCUAUUAAAAUUCACACAUUGCAUUUGUGUCGUUCACCUACUACAAAUAAUCACAAGUUUGGCAUAUAAUAUUAAUUAAAUGUAAUUAUCUUGAUUAUUAUUUUGUAUUUAAUGAAAAAGUGUAACAUUAAUGGUGACUAUUCUAAGAAAUAAAUAGUAUCUUGCUUAAUUUAAUUUUCUCAUGGAUUUAAUGUUAUUUAAGAUAUUGACUAAAUUGAGUGAGCUUUGUUGAGCGGAAAGCGACCAACGGGCAUUUUGAAGCAUGCGUAGAUUUGUUCUAUGAACCCAAGUCAAAGCUUGAUUCUUUUUGAUCCCAAAAAUGACCAAUAGUCCAAUGGUUCGGCUUUUACAAUCAUACAUCAACAUUGGUCUACAGAACUCACUUUUGCUAGCCUUAGAUUAAAACAAAAAAGUAAGAUACGGUACGCUCAUACUAGCAUCAAAUAAAAUAUGCUCUGAUUCAAUUACAUAAGCAACUCUCACACACGCACACUUCUGUAAAUAAACAUUCAACCGAG